UCGAGCCGCGCUAUCGGGGGCAGAGAGGUCCGAACGAUCGAGAUCAACACCUCCCGAUCGCGACGAUCGCUCGACGAUCGGACGCAACUCCCUCCAAUUCAGACCCCAUCGAGUACCCUCAUCUUUCGAUCCUCCUGUCAAAUAAUUUUCACCCUUGAAUGACCGCGAGUGGACUCAAUCGUCAUCGAUAGGAAGUUCGCGAUGAAUCGAGCUGUAGAGAUCGAUACUGAUCUCAUCGUGGAGUUCCUCGGCUGUGACGUGUGGAUGAAGUGUCCACUGGGAACGCGUGGACAUUCAUUCGAUUCGGUGCUUCUAUGAUUGCGGGUACAGAAAGUGAAGUCAUCCAACAGACUUGUCGCACACCUCUGGGACACCAUCCUCUCCAAAUCAAACCCCAUCGAGUACCCUCAUCUUUCGAUCCUCCUGUCAACUAAGUUUCACCCCUAAAUGACCGCGAGUGGACUCAAUCAUCAUCGAUAGGAAGUUCGCGAUGAAACUCUCAACAGAGAUCGAUACUGAUCUCAUCCUCGACAAUGACAUGUGGAUGAAGUGUCCACCAAGGACUCGUGGCUAUCCCAUCGAUUGGUUGCUUCUAUGACUUCGGGCAUCGAUAGUGAAAGCAUCGAACAGUCUCGUCAGGGUCGCAGUCCUCGAAAGGACGCCAUUAGGCAUUAUUUCAGCGACCGCUGUCACCGUGUCUGCCACCGAUAUCGCCACGACGACGAAGAACACGACGGGGAUGCCAAUCGAUCAUCCGAAUAAAUAUCGACGCGGCAACGUGAUCGUCGGACUCGGAAUCAAUGCAUCGAUUAGGAUUCCAUCCGCCUUUACGUCCCUCGUUAAACGUCACUUGACUCGCGAACGCGGGGAACGCCCGCGAAAUGUUUGGUUCGAUGAACUCACGAGUGAUAGGUGGUGACUGGUUCACGAGUGAUAAAUCUUGACUUGAAGGUAGUGGGAUCCACGAUCGAUCGUCGGCUGUCAUGGGGAGCGACUGCUGCAAGUGCGCCAAUGGCAACAAACCCGCCAUCACGGGUUCCUUCUCGGAUGGAUCGGCAUACCGAACACGCGGAGAUGUACCGUUGCAAUCCGAUCGAUAUCGCGUUCAGAUGAGAGGCAACGUCGUCCAGGUGACGUUGACUCAAUCACAAAAAGACGACACAGGUCAUUAUGCUUUGGUGGCGACGAGGGUCGGCCAAGGGUUUGACAAGGGAUCCUCGAAGAGGAUUCACCUCAAAGUCGACGAACCCAUCUCCGAGGAGGGCGAUCCACCAGUUUUCCUGCGAAGGCUCACCGAUCUUGCGGUCAAGGUCGGCACCAGGACCAGGUUCCUCGUGGAAAUACGAAGUUCGACGACACCGACGAUUACUUGGCAGAGAAAUGCCGAAGAGGUUCACGCUGGUUCGAGAUUCUCUUUCGUCCACGAAGGGAAUUUCUACUGCGUCGACGUGGCUCCUGUCACGAUCGAGGACGAAGGAUACUGGACCUGCAUGGCGGAAAAUCGAAGCGGCAGAUCUUCUUGCGCCUCCCGUCUGACGGUGAUCGUCCCAAAAGCCUACAAAAGACCAGAAUUCGUCGAGGAACUUCGUGCCCUCCUCACAGAGACUGGUACGGUGUCCUUGGAAUGCAAGGUGGUUGGUGUGCCUACUCCUGUGUUGAGAUGGUUCAAGGACGACAAAGAGAUCAAGGCUGGUGAUGUCUUCGCUCUAACUGCCAAUCCUGAUGACCCAACCUCCCUUGGCAUUUAUACGUGUGAGGCGGUGAAUUGCAUGGGCGUCGCUUAUUCCUCUUCUAAAGUGCAUGUAGUUGGAAAAGGUAGCAGAGAAGGUUCUUUAAAGCCAGCGGAUUCUCUGACGCCAUCCGGUCCUCUUCCUGUUUUCAAGAGGAUUCUGCAGGACGAAUGUUGCAGAAUCGGGGAAAUACUUCGACUUUCUUGUCAAGUUCAAGUACCACCAUGGCCAAAGGCUAUUACGUGGUACAACAAAGAGGGACGGAUCGAUGCCAGCGAGAAAUACCACGUGAUGGAGGAUGGUCUCGGUGGAUACUCUAUAGAGGUAAAUCCCGUGGAAGCCAUGGAUGAAGGCGAAUGGAAGUGCGUCGCGACGAGUGCAGAAGACAUGAAACAAUUUACUACUUCCUACGUUGCAAUGUCCAUUCCAAAGAAUUACAGAAAACCACGCUUCAUGGAAAGCUUGAAAGCCGUUUUAACCGAAGAAGGAUUGGUGUCCUUCGAAUGCAAGGUCGUUGGAUUUCCCACUCCAUUGCUGAGGUGGUUCAAAGACGGCCAGGAAUUGAAGCCAGGAGACGUUUAUCAAUUAACUGGGACCAACUCCUUGGGUUCCUACUGUUGCAUCGCGAGAAACUGCAUGGGUGAAGCAAAGAGCACAGCUGAAUUAACUAUCGAAGACAUUCAGAAUCAACUGAACGAAGAAGAACGCCUGCAACUGUUGAGCACGAAUCAACCACCUACGUUCAUCAAGGGCCUCAGGAGCUGCGAGGCGAGGAUCAACGAUGAUUUUCGAUUUACAGUACAAGUCAGUAUUGCCCCCGAGCCAAGCCUCUCUUGGUACAGGGACGACGUGCAGGUGGAACAGAACGAGAAAUAUCUAGUCGCCAAGGAAAAUCUUGGCACGUGUCACCUCGACGUACGAAAACUAGAAUUCGUCGACCAAGCUGAGUGGAAGUGCGUGGCCUCCAACGAUUUUGGUCACAGCGUCACUUCCUGUUUCCUUAAAUUAAUCAUUCCCAAGCACUUCAAGAAGCCGAAGUUUCUGGAGAGUCUACGCGCCAUAUUGUCAGAGGAGGGCGCGGUGAACUUGGAGUGCAAAGUGAUCGGUGUCCCGCAACCAAUUCUCAAAUGGUACAAGGAUGGCGUCGAGUUGAAACCUGGCGACAUACACAGGAUCAUUUCAGGACAAGAUGGCACUUGUUGCUUAGGGACUUACACCUGCGAGGCUACCAACUGCAUGGGAACCGUCAGCAGUUCAGCGUCCCUGCUAGGCUUCGAAGAUAAAAUCCCCGUUCGGAAAGAAGCAAAGGAAGUUCAGUCACCAAAUGGCCAUGAACUCGCCAGAAACUUGUCGCUUUCAACGAUCCACGAAGAAAGAACAUCGCAAUUGUACGAUACACCGCAAACCGAUCAUUCCGUCACGUUGGACGAUCGAGGCGAAGUGUCCUUCAGCUUUGACGGUAAGGAGGUUUCCGUCAGCCUCUACGAAACGCCUGAUCUCACCGAGGAGGAAGCCCUUCAGAUCGUUGAGAUGUAUGCCGAUCAGUUGUCUGAACACGUAACAGAGCAUAACGUCAUCGAGCUUCCGCCAAUGAGAUUCGUCAAAGAGACUUCGACCUCUGGUAACCUGUUAAUGGAAGCAGUGGUGAUCGACGUGUCCCCCGACUACUUCGUCAGCGCCGAAGACGGCGACGACCUUCGCACCGAGGCUGACUUCGAGGACGUCUCGAUAAUGGACGACAUCACGCGGGUUCUUUCCUCCCCUGAACGCGACUCUCGUAGUUCCCUGAAGAGGUCGGCCAAAUACAGCUUGGACGAGGACGAGAAACCCCCGACGAGACCUCCGAGGAAGAAGUCGAGUUCCUCUUCCAAAAGUGAAAAGAGCGAGAAGAGUCAAAGAAUGGAAUCGGAGAGCUUCCAUAGCGCUCAGAAAGACGAAAGAUUCUCCCCGGUCUCCCCGAUUUCUCCUGUAUCCUCGCUGAAACAAGACGACAGUGACACCUUCGCCGACGCCUUGUCUUCGGCGCGGUUAUCCAUCUCGGAGAACCAAGUUCACAAACUGUACGAGGGCGUCCAAGAUAGAAAACGCAGCCUAAGCAGAGAAAAGACAGCUGGUUCCAGCAUAGACGACGGGAUAGGCGGCGAUUCGUCCUUCGAUUCCGUCACUGGUGCCCCGAAGAAGAAAAGACACCGAAAGAAGAAGCACAAAAGAGAAAAGGGCAGCUCGGAGGAGUCCUCGAUCGGCAGCGAACUCGAUGGUAAACGACGGAGAAGCAGGUCGGGCAGCGCGCAAACAGAGCUGCAUCAGCGUAUAGAGUCUAUAAACAAAACAGAAGAGCCAUACAUCGAGGACGUGGCUGAUAAAUCGUCGGAAAAGAAGCAGUCGGCCAGCGACACAGAGAAAUCGUUAUCGAAGAGCAGCAAGGAAAGGCUGCUGGACAACACAAAGAAGCUGAAGGGCCCUGUUCUCGCGGUACGCGACACCUUGGUCGACAUAGACAGCCUCUGUUUCAAACUGGACACUGAAAAUGAAGAAACCUGCAGAAAUCUAGUGACGGAGUACAUCAUCAGACCCAUCCAGUGCCUCUGCGAGGAGGUGUCCGCCAUAGAGUCCAAAGCUUUGAAAAACGCUGGCGACAGGUCGAUGAUGCAAACGGUUCGAAUCACCCUGCUGGAGGCAAUCGGAGGACCGACGGAGGAGCUUCUGCGCGGCAUGGAGCUGAUAGAGCGUCAAGAAAACAUGAAAACGCGUAAGACAGACCUGAUGGCGAUCCUGGAGAGUCUCACGGAUCCUGUUGACGAAAUCCUCGUGGGGAUCACCAAGAUAGAGCACGAACUUACCGGUCGAGCGAGGGGAGAGAAACCGAUUGCUCUGAUCAGAAUGACAUCAGCUGUGUCCAAACUCGACGAUAACGUGAGGAACGUUCUGGCGAUAGACGAAACUUCGCGACUGGCUUCGAGUAUGGAGGAGGUUCUCGGCACGUUGGAUUUCUUCUUGAACGACAUUUCUGUGGAUCCUGCUAAAGGAACCAUAGAGACCGUGGAUACGGUAGUGGUUGAAUCUCUAUCGAAAUCUCUGGAAGACAUGGCGCGGGCUUUGAAUCCUUCCUCAAAAAUUGGAACGAGACCCGAAGGCGUUACCAAAAUCAUGGACGAGCUUUUAACUCCUACGCGCGAGCUGAAAGCAAAAUUGGACACCUUGAAGACUGCUCUGGAGACGUACAAGACCAAAGGCAUUCUAUCGGAGCAUCGCACGAAGUUGAUCGAGUCUCUGCAAGAGUCCGUGGGAAGGACCGUGGAAGAGAUCCGAAGAGUGAGGGAAAGGAAGACCGUAGAAGAUCGUCGUGCAACGAUCGAAGAACCCAAGCAGGAUGUUCUGCGAGAAGUCAGACUGACUCUGCAGGAAGCUUUGAGAUUGUACGAGAACAUUGCUGGUACUCUUGAUCCUCGACUGUCCAGUAUUUUCGAUCGAGUUGACGAGAUGUACCGAAGACUGAGGACCCCGCAGAAGAAGGAGAUCGGCAUCGAGACCUUGGCGAGCCUCGAAGGUCCCCUCUACUCCUUGCAGUGCGCUCUGACAUCGGUUCCCAUCGCUGAAAACUCGAAAAUGGUCUUGCAAUUGUUGGAACCGGCAGUUGGGCAACUGAAAUCGACGAUACUGGCUCUGGAUGAGAACUCGUUGCAGCCUUUGAUGGAGAUUCUGAGUAACAUCGACAAAACGGUUCAAGGAAGAGUUGAAGAAUACGAGGAGUCAGUGUCUACUAAAUCGGGCCAGGAGGAAGUGCAAAACUUAACGGACAGGGUCCUGGAUCCUUUGAUCGACGUUCAGUCAGCUAUAAGCUCCGCUCUCGAAAACGUGGAGGACGCGGACUCCGUCGCCAACGGAGCAACUAGUCCUCAGAAGUCACUGGCAUCCUCAGAAGUAGCCGCUUGCCUGGUGGAGCUGAGGCAAUACGUCUCUGACGCUGCUCGCAUAGCGAUGACGCUGCGGGAGGACGAACUGUUGGACAGCUUGAUAGACUUGAAGGAGCCUCUGCUAGACUUGCAGAUGGCUGUUGCGUCCGAGGAACGAACGAUCGAAGAGCUUCAAGUGAUACGCAAGGUAUAUCUACCUGUGGAGAAGCUGAAGAUCGUGGUAACAAAGGUAUUGCGUCAAACUCAAUCGGAGGAAACAAUCCAGUCGGUGAAGGACAUCGGAAAGAUGUUGGACAACAUUGAGAAUCAACUGCCAAAGACGGUGGCUCGACUGGUGGCCAUCGAAGAGGCGCGGAAACACUUCUUGGAACACCUGAACGUCGAUCAGAAUCUCAGCAACGUCCACUUUGCUCUGUCGUCUGCCUUGGAGAGACACGAGAAGAGUUUUCCUUCGUACGCGUCGGAUUUGACCUCGUGUAUCGAGGAACUGCGACAGAACAUCGGUUCCUCGGCAGUGGCAAUCGCCAAUUUACAUAAUCCAGUAGACGAUGAAAUAAUAUACCAGGUGUGUCAAUUGAAGGAAACUUUGUUAAGCUUGCAGAGGAUUCUGCUGACCCAGGAACACGAACCCGAAGAGGAGCAGAUUCUGAAGGACUUGAUAAGCCCGAUCGAGAAGCUGAAGUCUCUCGUUCAGGCAAUCGUGGACAGCGAGGCGAUGACAAACGCGAUGCUUCCAAUUUUAGAGCUGUUGGAGGAGAUAGAAAAGGACACACCACUGAUAGCUAAAGAAGCAUCGAAGAUGAAGAUCAGACGGGAUUCGAAGACACAGAAGGAAGAGGCGAAGAAGCAGAGAGCAUCUUUCGCUCUGGCCAAUCGAAUCAGCCGAUCCUUGGAUCCCAUGAAGCACUGGUUGUCGACUACGUCGGAAGACAGCAUGAAAGACGAAGAGGAGUCUGGUUUAAGCUCGACAGUGGACGAGUUGAAGAGAGACGUGAACAAACUUGCCAUCGAGACGUCUUACUCCGAGCCUCCUAGCGACGAGAAUUUGAUAGAGGCCUUGAUAGAUCUUCGAGAGCCACUGAUGAGGCUCAGGAACGCUCUGUCGCUGUACCACGUGCCAGCAGACCUGUCCACUUUGGAAGGCUUGAGUCGACCGAUGAAAUGUCUUCUGCAGACCAUCAUGGACGUUCUUCGCGAUCACGCCGAAGAGGAGUCCCUUCGACCUAUCAUCGACAUCGUAGAGGAGAUUGAAAAUCAGAUACCCAUCUCUAUCAAGGAAGCUCUUUACAGAAAGGAGCUGAAGGAAGUCGUCAAGUCAUUGUCUCUGGAAGAAAAGGAACUGGUGACGGCUUCCCAAGCAACCGUUCAGGAGGAGAGCAUUCUACGAGACGCUAAAGAGGAAGUCGCGGCUCAAACUUCUCAGGAGACUAUACCCGAGGGUACACUUUUGGAAACCACCACCGUGCUACCUGAAACACGAUUCGCUGAUUCACUGAUAGAGCAAACGACGGGCGAAGAGAUCAGCUCACAGAGAACUGAUCUGAUGAUCACCCAGAUUGAAGAUCUCCCGAAGGGAAAGGAGGAUACGACAAAACCGAAGAGAAAGGAAGAAAUCGUCAACGUGGUAGCUUCCUUAGCGAGGACGCUCGAAACCAUCGAGCUGAGCGUCACCGACAUCCUGGAAGACUUCGAGCAACCCACGGCAGGCAGCACAACGCUGCCAACUUCGACCCUGGCUAACUCCCUCGAAGAAAUCAGAAGAACGGUGUCCACGUUGCGUGCAUCGACUGGAGGUUAUGGAAACUCGAUCGUUUCCGAUGAAGAGAUGAUUUCUCGAACGGGUUCUCAGCUACAGAACCUUCUGGAGCCCUUGACCAACCUGCAGGAAGUUCUUCUGGAGACCCAUCAACACGGUGGUCAGGAACUCUUCAUCUUGAAUCACUUGAUACAGCCCUUGAGUGUGAUCGAGAGGGAGGCCAUCAACGACACGAUAGAGAAACUCGAUCAUGAGCCCAAUUUGACAGCCAAGUGUGAGCCCAUUCUUCGUGUAAUCAGUAACAUCAAAACCAGUAUCCCAGUCGUCGUGAAGGACAUACAUUCGAGGCAAGAGGUCUUGGGAUCCCUUCGAGAAAUCUCGAAACCUAUAGAGAACAUUCAAGAACGCAUGAAGAUCAUCGAGACUCAAGCCGAGGACACUCUGGAGACAGACGUUGCCAGGAUUCUAAUAAACCCUCUGGGUGUUUUGCUAAAUUCUAUCAACGUUACUUCCCAAGAACUACGGCUUCUGGACCAACGCAGAGCAAUAGUGGUCGAGCUUCGAAAUCUGGUGGAACCGUUAGUGGAGUUUCUUAGUUGCCUCUCGGUAGUGCAGAGCAGUCGUAGGAGCCUGGUUCCCGAGGUAGCUUUACUAGACGAAAGAAGAAACGUCAUUUUGAAAGCGGUCGAAGGUCUUCAGCGACAAACCAGCAGCACACUAGAAAGGAUAUCUAACCUGGAAGGAGCUUCGUUGUUCGAGGAGCCUCUAAACUCGUUGAGGAACGCGAUCGUCUCUGUUGAGAAGCAAGUUGGCAAGACUGACUACUCUCGCAGAUCCAGCAACGUAGAAUUGAAUUUCCAGUACAAGCUUUCCUCGUCCCUGGACCACCUGAAGAGCACCAUCACCAGUUUGGAGGAGAACGCAGACGAAACGGUACACGAAGUGAUCUCAAAGUCGCUGGGUGCCUUGCAAAAGCAGAUAUCAUUGUCGCGAAUGCACUUUACCGAAGCGAGCGAUCAGUCCGUCGACGAGGAAGCCAUCGUGGAAGGUUUCCUCUAUCCGACCAAUCAGCUUCAGUCGGCGUUGAACGCGAUCAAGGAGAAGAUUGAGAAGAAAACGAUAGCUUCUGUUUCGAUGGAAUCGAUGGCGCACCUAAGGUCUCUGGCUAAUUCGACGUCUGAGUUGGCGUCUUCGUUGUCCUUGCAUCGGAUGCAACUGAUUCGCGAAGGCGCAUCCGAGGGUUCUUCUUUCGUAGAGACGCUGUCAGCUGUUAUAGAUGUUUUGGAGAGUGUCAAGGAUUCCAUAACGAGGAUAGAAAACGAGGUCGAAGCUGAGAAAUCCGAAGAAGCGACGGGCGAAAGAGAUGAACAAGGUGCCUCGUCGAAUGUAUCGAUUACUAUCACGCAGAUCGAGACUAUCAUCGAUGAAAUCAUCGAAGUGUCGAAAGAGGAGCUGGAAAGUGUGUUGACUAUUGAGAAAAUAUCGCCCGAGAGAGGGAUUAAAGAAACAGAUGAAGGGAAGGCUGAAGAGGGACCUGACGAGACGAAGGUUCUUUCAGUGGAAGCUGGUGCUUCGAUGGUACAGGAAUCUGCUGAAAUGAGGAAAGAGGAGAUUGCGGGUGGUUUGUUAGAAAAAGUAAAAGAGAAAGUAGGAACGUCUGAAAAGAUGAAAGAUCUGAAAGAGACGAAGGGGAAAGAAGCAUUGUCUCUGGCAGGUGAAAUUUUAUCCGAGAACGUAGAAGAGAUGACUGGAUUAGAAAAAGACUUAAACGCAGAAACUAGAGAAGUAGCAGAAAGUAGAGAGGAAGUAGAAGCAUUGGCUGAUAAAUCAGAAAAAGUGGAAAUUCUAUCAGACAAAAAAAAACAAACAUUAAAGACUGAAGAAAGCAUGGAAACAUUGUCUCAGAUAGCUGAAGGAUUGGCAGGGAAAGAGGAAACGAUGGAACCUGUAUCAGGACAAGCAGAACAAUUAAAAAGAAAAGAAGAAGAAGUGAGUUUAUUAACAAGAAAGACAGAAGAAGUAAGUACAGAAACAAAGAGCAUCGAAAGGCCAGAAGAGACUGUCCAAGAAGCUUCCCUUCAAAAAACACAGGAGUCAAUAAAGCAGAAAGAAAAGGCAGAAGAAAUAAGUAAAGAGAUGAAGAUGACGAAAGUAGCGUCAUCGAUAGUUACGAUACAACAACCAUUCAAAGAAUUAACCAGUCUGAUGUCCUUGGCUUUGGAAAAGCCUCUUCCUCAGAAAUCCGAAGAAGAGAAACGAAAAAUUCGUGAAAUCACCGCGCUGAUACAAAUACUUAACGACUUGAGGGCCACGUGCACGUCGAUUGAACACACUGUAUCACCCUCCUCGAUACCAGAAGUGGAAGAGCAAUUAACUCACGUUCUAGAGAGCUUGAUAAACAUCGAACGAGCUACGGAAAAAGUUCUUCUUUUGACCCAGAAGGAACUGACUCCUGCGCUGAAAGAAAACAUAAUGGUAUCGUUGCAGGUUCUCCUAGCUCCUUUGGAGGUGUUGCAGCAUGAUCUAUCCUCCGUUAGAUCUUCAUCGGAAUACCCAUUACUCUCUACCAACAUGCAAGGCUUAACUCAAGCAAUAGUCGAGCUGAUUAACAUGAUACGCAGAACAGCAGAACUGAAGCAUUUGAAGAUAACGGAGGAAAUCAAAGUGGAGGUGUCGACGAAAUCGAAGGAAGAAAGCCAGGACAUCGAAGAAACCACUGCUAAGCCUCUCGAAGAACUCAUAGAGGCUAUUAUGGUUUCUCAGGAAAACGUGAAACGCGACGAUGCGUCCCCCUUCGGGUCCAUUUCGCCUUCGGUGGAAUCUGCGGAGUUAACGGAGCAACAGAAAUUCCUCAGCGAUGAUGAAAUCAAGCUGCAAACGAACCUCGUGGAGAAGAUAGUCAGCCCUAUUCAAAACUUACGAGAACUGGUCGCGAAGAUCGAGAUGCAGGAAAUGGAAGAGGCCGAAGCGGUAGACCUGCCAACGAGAAAGACCGCUGCUGUUAUAUUGAACACCAUCAUCCAACCUUUGGAAGAGUUGGAGCAGUCGCUGAACAUCUCAGCCGAGCAGCAAACUGUGGAUACUCAAGAAAUUGUUGAAGAGACCAAGCGAAAUGUUUCACCACUGCAGUCACUGCCGGUUAGAACUGUCCUGGAAGAAUUGAGGAAGUCUAUCGCUACGAUUCAGGAGGAAGUAUUGCUGGAAGCUAUUCAAAGGACCCCGAAGUCGCAAGGUAGAGCGUUAAUUGCGAAGGAAGUGGAAAAGUCAUUGGAGGAUCUGAAGCUUUCUGUUGGGGCUGUGCAAAAAAUUGCUGCGAUAGAGCCUGAACAGACGGAGGAACUCUCAGAAGUAGAGAAGACAUUGGUCAUAGAAACGUUCGUGAAGUCGGUAAAAGAAUUAGGAGCAAAAUGCUUCGCCAUUGCCAGUCCUCCUGAAACGAGGAUGGAAACAGCUUCGAUGGUUGCUGUUCACAAAGAACAAUUAAAAGCUGUCAUUCAGAUAUUACAUGCGACAACCUCUGAGAUUGCAGCCCAAAAAACUGAAGAGAUAGAAGCUAUCGAUCACACGGCUAAAACCGUGGUCGAAGCUUUGAAACCUCUGAUGCAUCCUCUGGAAGAACUGGAGCAACUGCUAUGCACAACAGUUCAGCAUAUCAGCGAAGGAAAGACGGAAAUGACUGAAGAGAUGAAGAAAGCUGGUUCUAAAGAGAAACUGAAGCUUACACCUGUUUUGGAAGAACUGCAGAAAUCAAUUGUUGUAAUCGAACACCAAGUAGCAAUGCAACCUAAGAAAAUGAGUAUAUCUACUGCAGAAAUUCAAGCUUCUGUUGCUGAAAUCAUUGACCAUCCGUUAGAAGAGCUCAAAUCUUCAGUAGCAGCUUUACAAAAACUUGAAACAGACGAAACGGAAGAACUAACAGGGGAAGAGAAGACUAAGGCUUUGAAAGCAGUCGCUAAAUGUGUGGAGGAAAUAGGAAAAAUAUGUUCUGUAGUAGUCAGUCAGCAAAAAGUUGAAGUAAGUCUUCAGCAACAGCCACAAGUUGCUGAACUUGAAGAAGUUCUUGAGAUUAUUUCGAGUCCUAUUCAGGUAUUACGUUACACUGUAUCUGAGAUUGAACAGCAGGAAACUGAAAAAUCUGAAGUUUCAGAUCAGGCAGGUAAAGAUGUGGUUGAAGCUCUAAAACCUUUGGUGCACCCCUUGGAAGAGCUACAGCAACUAUUAUCAACAACUGUUCAGCAAGUCAGCGAAAUAACGGAAGAAAUGAAAGAAAUUAGUCCAGUUGAAGAAAAAUUGAAACUUGCUCCUGUUCUGGACGAAUUGCAGAAAUCAAUUGUUGUGAUCGAGCAACAAAUGUCACUGGAACCUAAGAAAUUGAAUGUAUCUAGUGCACAAGUUCAGGCUUCUGUUGCUGAAAUUAUAGAGCACCCAUUGGAGGAGUUGAAGUCUUCAGUAGCAGCUUUGCAACAAUUUGAAACUGAAGAAACGAAAGAUCUAACGAAGGAACAGAAGUCAACAGCCCUUAAAGCUGUUGCCAAAUGUGUAGAAGAAAUUGGAAAAGUUUGUUCAGCAGUAACCAGUCAGCAGAAAGUUGAAGUAAGCCUUGCACAACAACCACAAAUUGCUAAACUUGAAGAAGCUCUUGAGAUAAUGUCCAGUCCAAUUCAGGUACUACGUGAGACUAUAUCCCAGGUUGAACAGCACAAAACUGAAGAGGCACAAAUUUUAGAUCAAACAGCUCGAAAUGUAGUUGAAGCUCUUGAACCUCUAGUACACCCUCUGGAAGAAUUGCAACAAUUAUUGUCAACAACUGUCCAACAAGUCAGCGAAACCCAAGUGGAAACAACUGAAGAAUUGAAAUUAGCUAAUGCUUCUGAAGAGAAAAUGAAACUUACUCCUGUUCUAGAUGAAUUACAGAAAUCAAUUGUUGUAAUUGAACAACAGAUGUCACUUGAACCUAAGAAACUUGAUAUAACUAGCGCUCAAUCUCAAGUUGCUGUUGCUGAAGUCAUAGAGCAUCCUCUGGAGGAGUUGAAAUCAUCAAUUGUAGCUUUGCAAGCUCUUCAAACAGACGAAACAAAGGAUCUAACGAGUGAAGACAAUGCCACAGCUCUACAAACUGUGGCCAGAUGUGUGGAAGAAAUUGGAAAAGUUUGUUCAGCAGUAGCCAGUCAGCAAAAAGUUGAAGUAAGUCUUGCACAACAACCACAAGUUGCUGAAUUAGAAAAAGUUCUUGAAAUAAUUUCCAGUCCUAUUCAAGUAUUACGUGAGACUGUGUCCGAGGCCGAACAACAGAAAACUGAAGAGGCACAAAUUUUAGAUCAAACAGCUCAAAAUGUAGUUGAAGCUCUGAAGCCUCUGGUGCAUCCUUUGGAAGAGUUGGAACAAUUAUUGUCAACAACUGUUCAACAAGUUAGUGAAACCCAGGUGGAAACAACUGGAGAAUUGAAAGUUGGCCCUUCUGAAGAGAAAUUGAAACUUAUUCCCGUUCUGGAAGAACUGCAGAAAUCAAUUGUUGUAAUUGAGCAACAGGCAUUGCAAUCAACUAAAUUAAAUAUAACAGAUACACAAGCUCAAGCUUCUGUUGCUGAAGUAAUUGAUCGCCCAUUAGAGGAGUUAAAAUCAUCAAUUGCAGCGUUGCAAAAACUUGAAACUGAAGAAACCAAGGAACUAACGAAAGAAGAGAAGUCCAUAGCUCUAAAAGCUGUCGCUAAAUGUGUAGAAGAAAUUGGAAAUGUAUGCUCUGUAGUAGCCAGUCAAAAGAAAGUCGAAGUCAGUCUUGGAGAACAGCCACAAGUUGCUAAGCUCGAAGAAGUUCUUGAAAUAAUUACCAGCCCAAUUCAGGUAUUACGUGAGACUAUAUCGGAAGUUGAACAGCAAAAUACUGAACAGAUUAAAGUUCUAGAUCAGGCAGGAAAAACUGUAGUCGAAGCUCUAAAACCUCUGGUGCAUCCUUUGGAAGAGCUACAGCAACUAUUAUCAACAACUGUUCAGCAAGUCAGCGAAACAACUGAAGAAAUGAAAGAAAUUAGUCCAGCUAAAGAGAAAUUGAAACUUGUUCCUGUUCUGGACGAAUUGCAGAAAUCAAUUGUUGUGAUCGAGGAACAGAUGUCUUACGAACCUGAGAAAUUAGACGUAUCUAGUGUACACGCUCAAGCUUCUGUUGCUGAAGUUAUAGAGCAUCCUCUGGAGGAAUUGAAAACUGCAGUGGCAGCUUUGCAAAAGCUCGAGACUGAAGAAAUGAAGGAAUUAUCAAGCGAAAACAAAGCUACAGCUCUAAAAGCAGUUGCCACAUGUGUUGAAGAAAUUGGGAAGGUCUGUUUAGCAGCAUCUAGUCAACGGAAGGUUGAAGUAACACUUGCUCCUCAGCCACAAAUUGCUGAACUUGAGAAAGUUCUUGAAAUUAUUUCUAGUCCACUUCAGGUGUUACGUGAGACAACGUCUGAAGUUGAGCAACAAAGAACUGAAGAAAUUGGAGUUUUAAGUUCGACAACUAACAAUAUAGUCGAAGCUCUGAAACCCUUGGUGCAUCCUCUAGAAGAACUGCAACAAUUGUUAUCCACAACUGUUCAACAAGUCAGCGAGGCGAAGGUCCAAACAAGUGAAGAAAUUAAGAAGGCUGGUCCCUCAGAAGAAAAACUGAAACUUACCCCUGUUCUUGAAGAAUUGCAGAAAUCAAUUGUUGUGAUUGAGCAACAGAUGUCUCUUGAACCUACGAAAUUGGAUGCAUCUAGUCCACAAGCACAAGCUUCUGUUGCUGAAGUCAUAGAUCGUCCAUUGGAGGAGUUGAAAACUUCAGUGGCAGCUUUGCAAAAGCUCGAAAUAGAAGAAGCGAAGGAACUAUCGAGUGAAAAUAAAACGACAGCUUUGAAAGCUGUUGCUAAAUGUGUUGAAGAAAUAGGAAAGGUGUGCUCAGCAGUCGCCAGUCAACAGAAGGUAGAAGUAGCUUCUACUAGUCAGGAGCAAUUAAAGGUAAAGGAAGUGUUUUCAGAAGUGAAAAAAGAAGAAAAACUUAAUGCUCAGGCUCUUGAGAAAAUCAUCGCUCCAAUUCACACAUUGCGUAAGACUAUAAUGAAAACACAAGAAGAAACUGUCGAAGAAUUAAAAUCUUCUGAAGCUGAUAAAGUGAAUAUGCAGACGUUAACUCAGCUGAUACAUCCUCUUGAAGAAUUAGAGAGAUGUCUAGUGACUACUGUCCAACAAGUAACUGAUGAGAAGCCCGAAGUUAUCCAGAAAUUGAAAGACGAGGCCCUAGAACCCAUUGCUCUUCAACCAAUUUUGGAAGAGUUGAAAGAGAGCAUCGUCACUGUCCAGGAACAAUUACUGACAGGGCAGGAGUCAAAUAUCAAAGUAGAAGCUAUCAAAAAUAUGUCUGAGGCAUUCGAUCAAUUAAAAUCAACAGCCACAGCUGUUCAACAGAUAGUAGCUCCAGCAUCGACUCAAACCAAAGAAAUGAAGACUGAAAAGUUGUCUGCUUUGACAGCUUUUGCCAAAUCGAUAGAACAGUUGGAAGAACGUUGCUCGGCUGUGAUUAAUCUUCAGAAGACAGGAGUAUUACUAAAAGCACCUAAAACGCAGCAAGCGAAGACUGUGGAUACGCAGAUUCUUCAGAAGAUCAGCAAAGCUGUUCACGUUCUGCGGGAGUCGCUGUUACAGAUCGAGGAAGAAAGCACACACGAAGUUCAACAAUUAAGGACACCAAUAGAACAAGAUACCAGCCUAAACUUAAAGAUCCUCACUCAACCAUUGAAUACACUCGAACAAGCUUUAUUGACAGCUAUACAAGAAGGCAUAGUCAUCGCUGACGAAAGAUCCAAGGAGCUCAAAUCGGUGGAAAUUCCUUUAGAAAAGCUGAACUUGCAGCCAAUACUUACAGAACUACUAAACUCGCUAACCAUCGUUCAACAACGUGCAAACGAAGUAGCAGUAUCCGUUGAAACUGGUGAACUUACUUUGAAGGCGGUUGGAAAGCCUUUGGAAGACUUGAAGCUAUCGAUAGCAGCCGUUCAAGAACUCGCAACUGUUCACAAAGACCAAGCAAAAGAGGCGAAAAUUGUCGAUGAAGCAUCGCGUUUAGAAGCGUUUGCACGGUCAGUAGAGGAAGCAGGAGAAGAACUGAUAGCCGUAGCCAAGCAAGAAGAGGUUAGAAAAACGGAAUUACGUAGUAAAGCAACCGAAGACUUUGUGAAGGCUGUAAUCACACCAAUUGGUGAACUGCAGGAGGCCAUCCUGAAGAUUACCAAGGAAUCCGAAAAAUUAGGAAAGAAACGUAAAAAAGAGGCAAUCGUUUUCUUGAGCAUGGUGCAACCGUUGCAUCAACUGGAAGAAACACUCUUAUCAGCCUUUCAAGGUCAACAAGCUUCCGGAUCCAUUCCAGUGUUGCAAAACCUCCCGAUUAAAUCCACUCUACAAGAACUCAACAAGAAUGUCGCAGAGAUUCAGGAGCAACUAGUUCUCGUUAAGGAAACGCUGAGUCCGGUUGAAGAUGCUGAAGAAUCUAAUGUAAUAAAAAAUAUCGAACGAUCCUUCAGCGAUUUAAGAACAUCUCUAGCAGUGGUACAGCAACUGACUGCGAUAGAGGCGCCGGGUCAGCAAGUAUUGGACAUCGAGAACGUAUCCGCGUUGCAAGCCUUUGGCAAAGCUGUAGAUGAGUUCAAGAAACACUGCGCUGUCGUGAUCUCAAGACCUAGAGUGAUAGCUGCGAUCAGUGGGACGGUGCACGCAGAAGAGACAAUGAAAGCAGAUAGUAGUAUCAUAGUUCCGACUAAAAUAUUACAGGAGACCAUCUCCAUGAUAGAAGAAUUCAAAGUGCAGGAGACAGAAACUUUGGAAACCCCUGAGGCGAAGAGUCCCGUGACCGUGAUAAGUGUACUGAUGCCGUCCCUUCAGCAACUGGAACAGUCUUUCAUUGCUGCAGUUCAAGGGGAGCACGUGCUCGAGCAAGCAACAGAGAAGCUUAAAUCUGACCAGGUGUCCUUCGAGGCGAGUAGCCUGAAACCCAUUCUCGAAGAAUUGCAGAGGUCCAUCGCCACCAUUCAAGAACACAUCCUCGUCGAAGAGGGCAUCCAAAGCUUGUCAGACGCGACGGAUGCUUCUCAGCUGAAGGUAAUGGCGCAAUCGUUGACGUACUUAAAGACCUCUGUGGCAGCAGUUCAACAAGUCGCUGAUAAAGCGUCUGAAAUCGCCGGUGAGUUGUCGAUGACUGAGAGCGUAGCAGCGUUCGAGACGUUUGCGAAAUCCCUUCACGACUUGGUCGAACGUGUGGCGACCAUUGACCACCAGCAAAUAGUCAUCGAGCCUGCAGCUGAUACGAUCUCGGAAGAUGCUUCGUCGUUGAGAACGUGGGCAGACGUCGUUGAAGUUUCCAACGUUCAGGUCACGGAGCCUCUGAUCGUCGAUCAGGGGACGAUAGAGUCCCCCUCUGAAAUAGCUAUAUCGAUUUCGGAAGAGGAAGCUCAGAUGUUGAAGGGAUUGGCCAAGCCUCUCAGUGAACUGCGCGAGUGCUUGGCUGUAGUAGUCGAAGAGAGAAAGGCCAUGGACGCGAACGAAAUGGCUCUUGCGUUGUCCGAAAAGGAGGAUCUCUCCAUGCUGAAGGCCAUGGCGCAACCGUUGCUGGAGUUGAAGAACGCAGCUGCCUCUGUCAUUCUAGAGCAAAUUGCUUUCGAAUCUGCCAAGGAGAAGUUAUUCAGCGGCGAUGAGAGAGUAGAGACUACUCUGAAUCCUUUGAUCGAAUCACUGGAAGAACUCUGCAGCUCGAUAGCGCUGAUCCAGGAUCAGAUGAUCGUCGAGUCCGCAGAGGAUCGACCAACCGACGAAGUGUCUCUGCUGACAGCCUUGGCGGAGCCCUUGGUCACACUUCAGAGGAGUAUCUGCGUGUUGGAGGAACGAGUUCUAUCGCCAGAUGUGGAGCCACUACCUGAAGAAUCAACGAAUUGGAUUACUGAAUGUUUGGCAGUUCCCUUGCAGGAAAUAGAGAGGUCCAUAGCAGAGAUUCGCGAAUGCGUUGUUAUUGAAGCUGACACUGCGAUGGCUGAGGACCAGUCUCGAAUGAUUACACCAGACUGGUCAGUGGUUGAGAAACUAGUUGCACCUGUGGAACUCAUAAAAUCGACUAUCAUCGAUAUGGGAGAAGCUUUUAUGGCUGAUAAAGCGAUUGAACGUGAAGCUGAGUACGAAUCGGUGAGAAUGCUGCUGCAACCGCUUUCUGAAGUUCACGAGAGCUUCUUGGUGCUGAAGAACAAGACUGAUUUAAGCAUAGACGAAGAGGAAGCUAGCAUAGAUGCCAUAGUAGAUUCCUUGUCGAAUCUUGAGAAAUGCAUAACGCAUAUCGAAGAACAAUCUGCUGACCAGAUGGUCGAGGAGGGUACAAGCACAGUUGUGGACACGACCAUAAUUGGCACUUUAGCUGAGCCUCUGUUUCAUCUGAAAGCGUCGAUUAUGACAGUAGAAGAGUCUUCGACUGUAUACCUUGAAAACUUAGAGCCACCUUUAAGGAAUCUGCAGUUAGCCUUGGAGACUAUCUUGACUAAUCAACGUGAACAAGUCCAAAGACAAUUAAGAGUUCCAGUUAUUUCGCAGGAGGAAGCUACGAGACUUUCGACAAAACUGGUGAACUCUAUUAAAGACAUAAAUGAUUCUAUCGAAUCCAUCGAUUGUAAAAUAGAGAGUUACAAGGACUUGUUGGGCAUCGAAAUUCAAAUAGAGAACGAAGCUUUGAAGACGCUUUCGUUGCCACUCGAAAGUCUCAAGCAAGGGAUACAACGUAUAGUGGAAAAUACUAUAGUUGAAGAGGCGACGAUGACUUCGCUUCGGAAACUCCGGCAGGCAAUUGGUAUUAUUCAUCAACAGUCUGCUGAUAAGCCAGUAGCAGAAUCAGCGCAUUCGCAUACUGUUGAUGUCGUUGGUGUGCUAAAAGGUUUGGCACCAAGUUUACACGAAUUAGACGAAUCUGUUGAAACGGUCGAAAAGUUGUGGAAACAAAAUUCAGGUGUGGAAGGAUUGUUACAACUGGAAACACCUGUUACGAAUUUGAUGGAUAGUAUAAGCGUCUUGCGUGAUAAAAUGUUGAGGAUGGAAGUAGUGUGGGAAAUUGAAGAAGAGAAAAAACUGAAAGAACAAAGUGAAGAGGAUGAGAAGAAAGUAAAAGUUGAGAAAGAGGAAGAAGGUAAACAGCAGGAAGAUGCUAGGAAACAGGAAGAAAAGGAACGUAAGAAACAGGAAGAAGAUAAAAAGAGGCUGGAAGCAGAAGAGCAGCAAAAGAAAGAAGAAGCUGAAAAACUGAAACGAGAGGAAGAGGAACGUGCAAAGAAAGAAGAGGCCGAGAAACAAAAGCAAAUGGAGGAAGAGCGGAAGAAAGAAGAGGCCGAGAAACAAAAGCAAAUGGAGGAAGAGCGGAAGAAAGAAGAGGAAGCUAUGAUUCUGAGACAAGCAGAGGAGGAACGUAAAAGAGGCGAAGAGGAAAAAUUGAAACUUGAAGAACAACAAAGAAAGGACGAUGAAACUAAGAAGUUAAAGCAGGAAGAGGAGCGUAAGAAAAAAGAGGAGGAAGAGAAGCUAAAACAGGAGGAAGAAACACGCAAGAAAGAUGAAGAGACUAGAAAACAGAAAGAAGAGCAAAAACGAAAGGAGAAAGAACAGGCUGAGAAAUUAAAACAGGAACAGGAGCAGCUUAAACAAAAAGAGGAAGAAGAAAGGCUGAAACAGGAAGAAGAAAUCCGCAAGAAGGAGGAAGAGGCCAAGAAAUUAAAGGAAGAAGAAGACCGUAAGAAGGAGGAAGAAGCUAAGAAAUUGAAAGAAGAACAGGAGCGCAAGAAGAAAGAGGAAGAAGAAAAAUUAAAACAGGAAGAAGAAGCACGUAAAAAGGAGGAAGAGACUAAAAAAUUGAAAGAAAAACAGGAGCGCAAGAAAAAAGAGGAAGAACACAAAUUGAAACAGGAAGAAGAAGCACGCAAAAAGGAGGAAGAGGAUAAAAAAUUAAAGGAAGAUGAAGCACGCAAGAAGGAGGAAGAAGCUAAGAAAUUAAAAGAAGAAGAAGAACGACAACAAAAAGAGGAAGCUGAAAGGUUAAAACAAGCAGAAGAACGUAAAAAGAGGGAUGCAGAGGAAAAAUUAAAACAGGAAGAAGAAGCACGCAAAAAGGAGGAAAAGGUUAAGAAACUGAAAGAAGAACAAGAGCAAAAAGAGAAAGAGGAAGCUGAGAAAGUAAAAGAAGAACAGGAGCGUAAGAAGAAAGAAGAAGAGGAAAGAUUGAAACAGGAAGAAGCACGCAAAAAGGAGGAAGAGGCUAAGAAACUGAAAGAAGAGAAAAUUCAGAAGCAAAAAGAGGAAGCUGAGAAGUUGAAACAAGAACAGGAGCUAAAACAAAAGCAAGAAGAAGAGACACGUAAAAAAGAGGAAGAGGCUAAGAAAUUAAAAGAAGAAAAUGAACGCAAGCAGAAAGAAGAAGCUGAAAACAAGUUGAAGCUAGAAGAGGAGCUCAAGAAGAAAGAAGAAGAAAAAUUGAAGCAGGAAGCGGAAACUCGAAAGAAAGAAGAAGAUGCCAAGAAAUUAAAAGAAGAGGAAGAUCGCAAACAAAAAGAAGAAGCUGAAAAAUUGAAACAAGAGCAAGAACGUAAGAAGAAGGAAGAAAAAGAAAGAUUAAAACAGGAAGAAGAAGCUAAGAAGUUGAAAGAAGAGGAAGAACGCAAACAAAAAGAAGCUGAGAUACUAAAAGAAGAGGCUCGCAAAAAGGAGGAAGAGGCUAACAAACUAAAAGAAGAGGAGGAACGAAAGAAAAAAGAGAAAGCCGAGAAGUUAAAGGAAGAAGAGGACCGUAAGAAAAAGGCGGAAGAAGAAAAACUUAAACAGGAAGAGGAAACACGCAAGAAGGAGGAAGAGGCUAAAAAGUUAAAAGAAGAACAAGACCGAAAACAGAAGGAGGAAGCUGAAAAGUUGAAGAAAGAAGAAGAUCGUAAGAAGAAAGAGGAAGAGGACAAACUAAAGCAGGAAGCAGAAGCUAAGAAACUAAAGGAUGAGAAUGAACGCAAGAAAAAAGAAGAAACUGAAGAAAAGUUCAAACUUAAGAAGAUGGAAGAAGAAAAACUGAAACAGGAAGAAGAAUCUCGCAAAAAAGACGAAGAGGACAAAAAAUUAAAAGAAGAAGCAGAUCGCAAGCAAAAGGAAGAAGCUGAAAAAUUGAAACAGGAACAAGAACGUAAGAAGAAGGAGGAAGAGGAUAAGCUGAAACAGGAGGAAGAAACCCGCCAGAAGGAGGAAGAAGCUAAGAAAUUAAAGGAAGAAGUAGACCGCAAGCAAAACGAUGAAGACAAAAAAUUAAAAGAAGAGCAAAAGCGCAAGCAGGAAGAAGAAGAACGUCAAAAGGACGAAGAGGCUAAGAAAUUGAAGGAAGAGCAAGACCGCAAGCAAAAGGAGAAGAAGGAGGAAGACGUUAAGAAAAUAAAAGAAGAGGAAGACCAAAAACAAAAAGAGACCGAAAAGGUAAAGAAAGAGCAGAGCCGCAACAAAGAGCUCGAGGACAAAGAGAAACAGGAGGAAGAAGUUCGCAAAGAAGAGGAAAAGGCUAUGAAACUAAAAGAGGAGAAAGAACAGAAGCUAAAAGAAGAAGCUGACAAGUUGAAAAGAGAACAGAAAGAGGAAAAGCGUAAAAAAGAAGAUGAAGCUAGGAAGCUGAAAGAAGCAGAAGAACAAAAAAAGAAAGAUGAUGCUGCAAAGUUAAAGCAAGAAGAGAAAGAUCGGCAGAAAGCGACGGAAGCAGAGAAAUCUAAACAAAUACAAGAGAAAUUGCAGAAAGUUGAGUCGGACACGUUAAAACAAAAGGAAGAGGAGUUAAAGAAAAGAAAGGACGAUCGAAAAUUGCAGCAAGAAAAGGAUGAACGUUUAGAAAAGGAGGAGAGUGAAAGACGAAAGCAAGAGCAAGAACAAAGAAAGAAGGAAAGAAAUGAACGCGCGAGGAAAGAGGAGGAAGAACGAGCUCAACGAGAGGAAGAAGAUCGUAAACGAAAAGAAGAGAGGGCCAGACUGAGGAAGGAAGAAGAAGACCGCAGGAAAACCGAGGAUGCGGAAAGGCUGAAGAAAGAGCAAGAGAGAGACGAACAAAGACGAGAAGAAAGCAGGCGCCGUAGAGAGGAGCAAGAGAAACAGAUCAGAUACGAAGCUGAGAAAGUAAGAAAAGCUGAAGAAAUGCGAUCGAGAAACGAAGAGGAAACUCGAGAACGCAGAAGAAUGGAACGAGAAGUGAGGAGGAAGGAAGAGGAACAAAAGUUGCUGAAGGAAGAAGCGGAAAGAAUCAAAAGAGAGGAGGAACGCAGGAGAAAGAGAACCGAGGCUGAACGACAAUGGAAGGAAGACGAAGAAGCUAUAAGAAGGAAGGAAACCGAACGCUUGGAAAGAAGACGAGCAGAGGACCGUCAGAAUAGAGAAGAAUUAGAACGUUUGAGAAGGGAGGAUGACGAAAGGAGACAGAGAAGGGACGCUGAGAGACAAAUACGAAGAGAAGAAGCAGCCAGAGCGUUGAAAGAAGAAGAGGAACGUUUGAGAAGGCGACAGGAAGAUGAGACGUCUAGGCUUCGGAAGCGACGACAAGAACAAUUGAGGGACGACAGUUGGUCUCGAUUGCGACAAACCGAAUCCGAUCAACUUCUGCGAAAAUCGACGGAUGACACGCUGAGGAUCGGACGACCUUUCUCAAGCGUCUCUUCCGACAUUGAGUUUUGGAGAGACAGGCGUGAGAAAUCCUAUCGAUACGAUUCUGGGUUCGAUUCUGCCCUGUCCAGUGCUUCCAGAUCGUACAGUUGGAGAGAUUCUCUGACAUCUUUGACCAAAAGAAGAGUCGACGAUUUCCUGGAUUACAAAUUGAGAGACACUUCUAUCGACAGAUAUUACUUCGACGCGGGCUCAUACUACCGAAGAAGAAGGAAGAGAGAUGAUCGAAUCACUCGAGCGAGGUCCAUCAGUUUGUUGAAAUACGACGAUUAUUCAACAGGUGACAGUGACACGAUCAUAACUGCCGCCAGUUUUACUAGACCAUCGCGGUAUAGCAGACCACAGACGACGUCGCGAACUGAUCUUGAUUACUAUCUACCACCCAUUAAGAGUGAGAGUACACCGCGUGAGAAGGGAAAGAAACCAUCGUUCUGCACAAGACUAACAAACAGAACCGUAGGAGUCGGUAUGAGAACAAGACUAACCUGCACGGUACUCGGACACCCAGAGCCACGAGUUUAUUGGACAAAAGACGGCGAGAGACUCGACAUUACUUCGAAACGAUAUCGAACUCGGUUUGAUAACGGUAUGGCUUAUUUCGAACUGCAUGAAGCACUCCCCGAAGACUCCGGAUUGUAUACCUGUGUCGCCGAAAAUGUUCACGGAAUUUCAACCACAGAAUCCACGUUAAAAAUUUACCCCGAUUUCCAACCAGCACUGUCACCUCCCACCUUCACGAGAUCCAUUAAAGACACCUACCGACAUUCGGACAACGAGUUGAUCCUGGAAUGUCGAGUGCGUGGUCAUCCUACUCCAGUCAUCUCCUGGCUGAAGGAUGGCCUCGUCCUCCAAGGCGAUCGUUUCAAGAAUAGUUAUCUGGACGACGGGAUCUACCGUUUGGAGAUUGCUGCACCCAAUUUCUCAGACAGUGGCCGAUAUACUUGUAGAGCGAUGAACGAUCUGCGCACCGAAGAGAUGGCUCACGUUGUACAAUUUGAUGAACGAGUUCGACAAGCGACCACCAAACGGGACAAACUCUUCGACGACUACUUCAUCACCGAAGCAUCCAAAAGACCACGUUUCUCCAGUUACCUGACCGAUUACAGAGUUCCCACUGGCGGCACCGUUGCUCUCCAAGUUGAAGUCAAAGGUAUGCCAAGACCGGAAGUAAGGUGGUUCCGUGGCGAAAGAAGAGAGCCAGUGACAUUCCCCAAAGCGAAGACUUUCGCAGAAUCCGACGUUCACACUCUGAUCGUGCCAGAAGUCACCGAAUCCGAGAGGGGCACUUACAUUUGCAGAGCAAUCAACGCUUAUGGUCACGUAGACAGCAUGGCCACGGUGGACGUAAUAUCGCCAAGUUCCAUCGACGGUGGAAAGCCAGCCAUGUUCGUCUCGAGACCCGCGGAAAAAUCGAUCACCGUCACCGCUGAGGAAGACGUCAGCGUCUCCUUCAGGUUCUCGGGAGUUCCCAAACCUCGAGUGACCUGGAUGAAGGGGCUCAGAGACAUCACUGAUGGUCCUCGAUCUCACAAGGAAGUCAUCGACGAUUACGUCCGAUUGACUUUGAAGAGAGUCGUUCCCGAUGACGAGGGCACCUACUGCAUACUUGUCAAGAACAGACAUGGCUGCGAUAGAACUUUCUUCUCUAUUAAGGUGAAACAACGAGCCAGGUCACUGACACCUGACUGGAGUACCUUGAGCAGUCGCACUGACACCGGAAGUCUUCUAGCUCUAUCGAGCGAUAGUCGCGACGACGAAAUGUCCUACGUAAAAAAUGUCCCAGGACCUAUCAGCAGUGAACCUGUGGUGGUUGACGGAGGAAAGAACUGGUUGUCUCUAAGUUGGGGCAAAGCUGAACGAAGAGGACUUGCACCUGUCAUCGCUUACAGAGUCGACGCCUGGUUGAUGGGCAGCGACGGUGGUGCACGAUGGGUUGAGCUGGGCAUGACGCCUAUCAACGCCUUCGAUGCGUUCAACCUGAAACCAGGUGGCGAGUACAAGUUCCAGGUGACGCCGCGGAACCGUUAUGGUUGGGGCGAGUCCGUAACUAUGACGAAUACCGUCAGGGUCAGCGAGACCGUCGACCUUCCGGAGUUCACGAAAAUCUUGCCAGGUCAACUCAAGGUCCUCGAGGGGACGACAGUAAAAUUGGAAUGCCAGGUUCACAGUGACUCGAAAAUUGACAUAAAAUGGUACCGCGAGCCUGCCGAUUUAGAUCCAAACAAUGAUCCCAGAUGUUUGAUCUCUCAUGUGGGCAACAAGUGCUCCCUUACAAUCGAAAACGUUCAAGACAUCGACACAGGCAGAUAUAUUUGCGAGGCAAGCAACGUGGUUGGAAAGGUGUCAUCGUUUGCUAGAGUGUCUGUCGUUAACGAUCCGAAGAUCAUUGAAGCCGAUGCUAAGCUUAGAUCCAGAACUUUGGAAGACGACUUGGAAGACAGUCCUCCGCAAUUUACCAUGAGGAUUCGAGACAGAAGAGUUCAGGCGACGUAUCCUGUAAGAUUGACUUGCCAAGUGACAGGACACCCUACUCCGGAGGUCACGUGGUUCAAAAAUGGCACGGAGAUCCGUCAAGACGAACGCCACGUGUUCUGGAACGAGUCGAGCUUCUACACCCUGGAGAUCAUUCACUCCACUCUGGAGGAUUCUGGCUGUUACAUGGUGACAGCGAGGAAUGCGAACGGUUCGGUGUCCUGUCGCUGUAUCCUCGUCGUUGACAAGGGAAUUCGCGCUUACAUAGCUCCGGAAUUCCUGUGCGGGCUCGAUGCAGCGUACACGAUAAAAUUGGGUGGCGAUUUACGAAUGACAGCACAGAUAGAGGCGUACCCCAGCGUCGGUGUCGUAUGGCAUCGGGACGGAGUCCGUCUUCGUCCAAGCAGAAGAGCAGCCAUGACCUUGGAUCAUGAUGGCACCGUCGAACUGUGCUUGGCCAGGGUCACCGAAAGGGACAGCGGUCUUUAUAGUUGCACAGCUACGAACGAGGUUGGCCAUGCUGAAACAUCCACGAAGGUGACAAUUCUUGGCACCUUGGCUCAGGGUGACGAGGCGUCUAUCGAAGGACUGCCAACUGUGACAGUCGCGUCUGACAUACCAUAUUCGAAGGAGCCUCUCUUCGUCUCGAAACCCUUGUCCACGGAGGCGAUCGAGGGUGACACUGUCAUCAUCUCCUGCGAGGUCGUUGGUGACCCCAAACCGGAAGUAAUGUGGCUGCGCGACUUCCUCAAGCCUGAUUACUACCGGGACGCAGCCCACUUCCGGCUGGUCGGUCGGGGGCCUCAGUAUAGGCUGGAAAUACCCUACGCGAAGCUCGAUUUUACUGGAACUUAUUCCGUGAUAGCGCGCAACUGCCAUGGGGAGGCUAAGGCCGUGAUUUCUUUGCAGAUCUACGCGAAAGGUCAAGGCAAAGAAGAGAAGAUGAAGAAAUCGGGGGUCACGCACGGGAAAGUGCUGAGUUUGCCGGAGAUUACGCGAGAGCUGCGGGAUCUAAGGUGUUGCGAUGGAGAUGCUGUCACCCUCGAAUGUAAAGUUCACGCCACGCCAGAGCCGCCUUUGGUGCGAUGGGAACAUCGAGGAAAGAUUCUACAAAUGAGUGACGAUUUUUCUGCGGAAUUCGACGGAGAAACAGCGCGUUUGUGCAUCCAGCAUGUUUACCCAGAGGACGAGGGCGAAUAUACCUGCGUGGCUUACAACGACCUUGGAAAAGCAUUCACGUCAGCGUGCCUAGUAGUGGAUGUGCCUGAAGGAAAAGAAAAUCUCUUAAGCCAAAGAUUGACGAGACCUGUAGGUCUAUUAUCGGCAGGAUCGACACCGAGAUCGACACCACGUUCGACUCCAAUUAGAAGUUUAUCUCCGGCAGUUUCGCAUGGUCGAGAAUUGAGGUCUUCUCCGCAGCUUCUUCCGCGAAGUAGGUCGAUGUCAAGACGGCCAAAAAUCAGUCCACCGAAAUUUUACGCGGUUCCACACAACCGAGUCGUCGAGGAAGGCGAAACCGUGCGUUUCCAAUGCGCUGUGGUCGGUCAUCCUACACCGUGGGUAAAAUGGGACAAAAACGGCAUGGCUGUUACACCCACCGCGAGGACCUCCAUAAAGGAACGGGACGACGUGAAGAUAUUAGAAAUCGUCGAAGUCACUCAGGAGGACGCAGGAUUGUACAGAGUGACCGUAGAAAACGAUUAUGGUCGUAUCGAAGCCAGUGCCCGUUUGGAAAUAAUAAAUCGUCAACUGCUUGGCCCGAUUUCACGGACCAUUAGAACCAGGAGUGCGUCACCCAGAACGUACCCAUCUUUCGGUCGAAGUCUUCUGGACACGACUACCAGAAUAAAUGGAAGAUUGCAACUCGGUUGCGGUAUCAGAGGAACGCCCAGCCCAACACCAACGUGGUUCAGAAAUGGACGACCACUGGAACGAUCGAGCCGAAUAAAAAGGUACUUCGAUGGCAAAACCACGAAAGUCGAAAUUUCAAAUGUGAAAGCGAGCGACGCAGGUGAAUACACCUGCGUAGCAACGAACGUCCUUGGUUCCACGAAGAAUACGUGCCAGGUGACCGUUCUCGACCCUCACGAUCAGUCUACCUGCGACAAGGAUCCACCGAGGUUCUUACAGCCACUUCCGGAAGAGUCGAUAGUCAUGGAAGGGCACUGUUAUGAGCUUCAAGCGAGAUUGACAGGUUCUCCACCCUUCACAGUCGUUUGGUUAAAGGAUGGUCGUGAGGUGGCCGACGACGAUCAGAAUAAAUAUGUUAUAUAUGGCGACGGUGGAAUAGCUCUCAGAUUGUCCAACGUUUCGCCACAAGAUGCUGGGGAGUAUACUUGCCUCGUUCGUAACGAUUUCGGGGAAUCCUCCUGCAAGGGUCUCUUUGCUGUGCAAGAUUACAAAGGCGUUCCGAGUCUGGCACCCCAGUUCACCAAAACUCCCUUAUCUAUAAUCACGUCAAAGGGAGAGACAGCGUGCUUCUGCGCCCGAGUGCAGUGCGGAAAAGCCGUGGAAAUCACGUGGACGAUCAACGGAAAGGACGUCAAAGAAAAUUCGAGGUGCAAGGUUGAGAGGGACGACAACGUCAGCAUCCUGAGGAUACAGAACGUGUCGUCUCGAGACGUCGGGGAAAUUCGAUGCACAGCAUGUGUGAUCGGUAAGGGCCUGUCGAUCAGUUGCGCGGCGGAAUUGCGAUUGAAUCGAUCGUCCAAUUUCGAGGAAUCGACGCGCAACAACGGGUGCACCGAAAUUCGCAACAAAACUGGGGUGAAUUGCGUUCGCAGUAAUUCGGUGAAAAAGACGGGAAGAGACGUCCCUUCGCCGCGUCAUGCUCGAUACGAGUCGCCCAUGCGCGCAAGAUCAUCAUCGUUGCCUUUGAAGUGCACGUCGAGUGCUAAACAACCGUCUCCUUCCCCUAGCAGAAGAAACGUUCCACCGAGUCCCUUGCUGAACCAGAGGAAAGCAGUCGAAAGUAAAAUGAACAGGAGGACAGAUUUGGGUCUCCUGAAAGCGAAACGUAACGUUGCAAGGUCAGACGAGAGAUCGAUCGAUCGAAGGAUCUCGAUAUCUUCGGACGAGGAGGAAACGAAGCGUGUUUCUGGUCGAAGGUCGUCUUCGAAGGUGUCGAGCGAAACGAGCUCGAAAUCAACGACGGAUAGAGAAGAAUCAGCGAUGAGUUCAGCAUCGGCGAAUCCUGAUUUGCGUAAGACUGAAAACGAUUCGAAACGAACUCAGGACAACUCCAACGAGCACGAUAAUAUGCCUAUUAUGUGCGCGGAGUGUCCCCCGGUCGCGGAUGAACCGGAGGAGCCUUCGAUCUUGAAGAGGAAUGGUCACACGAAGGUGAAAGAGGAGAAGGUUAAGGAAGAACCGGAGGAAUUCGUGGCUGCCGCCAUUGUAAAGGUACCAGCUGACGUCACGGUGUUCAGAGGGAACAGAGUGGUGCUCAGGGCCACGUAUCGAGGUCAUCCGGAACCACGUGUCAAAUGGCUUCGCGCGGGUCGUGAGCUGGCUGCUGACAAAAAGACUGCGAUCACUUAUGGCGGUGGUGUGUCUUGUUUAAUAUCAGACGAUGUCACUGCUGAUAACGCUGGAAAAUACGAAGUGUUGGUGGACAAUAAACUCGGAAAGGAUCGACGGUGUUUCAGCGUUGCCGUUGAAGGUCCACCUGACCCUCCAGCGGGUGUUCCCAGCAUCUGCUGUUCCCCAGGAAUGACCACCAUUAAUUGGAGAUCGUCACCUUACGACGGAGGCUGCACAGUCACUGGUUACACCGUGGAGAUGAAUCGUCUUGGGGAGAGCACGUGGACGACCGUUGCAGAAUCCUGUCACUCGCUGAGUCACACGGUGCCGACUCCUGGAACGGACACCAUGGCACCCGGUGAGAGAUAUCGAUUCCGUGUUCGGGCGGAGAACAUCCAUGGCGUCAGUGAACCAGGAAGCGAGUCAGAGUUUAUCAGAAUCCCCAAGGAAGGGGAGACGCAACUCCUCGAUGACGAGGAAGAAUUCGAGCCGGCCUUCGAAGCCAGAGUGGUGGAAAUGGAAGACGGACGACUGUUCGGCGAACGAUACGUCAUCCUCGAGGAACUUGGGAAAGGUCGAUACGGAACGGUGAGGAGGGUCACAGAAACCUCAUCUGGAACCAGUUUCGCCGCCAAAUUCGUGAGGACCAUCAAGACGAAGGAUCGCGAACAAGUACGGGAAGAGAUUCGAAUUAUGAACAUCCUAAGACACCCAAAACUUCUCCUCCUGGCCGCUGCGUUCGAGAGUCCUCGAGAAAUCAUCAUGAUCACGGAAUAUAUUUCCGGGGGCGAGUUGUUCGAGAGGGUCGUUGCCGACGAUUUCACGCUUACGGAGAGGGAUAGUAUACUUUUCAUGAGGCAAAUCUGCGAAGGGGUAGAAUAUAUGCACCAGAACAAAGUGGUCCACCUGGAUUUAAAGCCGGAGAAUAUAAUGUGCAGAACGCGAACCUCUCAUCAAAUCAAACUGAUAGACUUUGGUCUCGCUCAAACCCUCAAGCCGGACACACCGAUCAGAGUCCUCUUCGGCACGCCAGAAUUCAUUCCGCCGGAAAUCAUAAGCUACGAACCGAUCGGCACCGAGUCGGACAUGUGGAGCGUCGGUGUGAUUUGCUACGUUCUAUUGACUGGUUUGUCACCAUUUAUGGGUGACAACGACGCCGAAACCUUCGCCAACAUCACUCGAGCCGAUUACGAUUUGGAGGACGAGGCAUUCGAUGCGAUAUCGAACGAUGCUAAGGAUUUCAUUAGCGGCCUGCUCGUCAAACGAAAAGAAAUGCGUAUGUCGGCAAGACAGUGUUUGGAGCAUCCUUGGAUGGCACAACACGCGGAAGCCAUGAGCAGGAUAGCCUUGCCUACGGAAAAACUGAAGAAGUUCAUCGUACGAAGAAAGUGGCAGAAAACAGGAAACGCCAUUCGUGCAUUGGGUAGGAUGGCAAUCCUUUCGGCAAACAGUAGACGAAGCCCUACGGCGACGGCGGAAUCGUCGCCCACCUCGGAACCAACAUCGAAUCCCAUCGAAUCGCCAAGAAUGAUCGAUUCUGAAGCACUCGGCGACGGUCAAUAUAGGAGCAAAUCUGGCAAAAACAUUGAAAGCUCGCCGAACCGAAACGAGAGAAGCCCAACCGAGACGGACAACCGCGGUAGAAGCAUGUAUUCGUUCUGUUACAAGACAGAGGUGAGCAUCUUUCCGGAAGAAACGUUAGACUCUCCUCUAAAGAUGGACACGCACACGCCAUCGAACCUUGACGACGUGUCCCUGAGAAACGAACUUCCAACUCCGAGGAACGUCACGCGAUCGUGUUCACGCGGAGAUGUAACCGAAGAGACUCGCGAAACGGAUACCGAGAAACCGAGCUCUGGGGAAACCGAGGACCAAAGCAACGUUUACUCGGAAGGGUUAGCCCCUGUGAGACGGCUGGAAGAAGAAAUCGAGAUCGUCACGCAACUCCAAAUGGAACGGCGUGUACCGAUAAAGGACGACACGUCCGUCAUAAAAAGCGUCAAUUUCGAAGCGAGAAAUCCGAGCAGCACGUUCGAACACGCCAUAGAAUCACGAUACGGGGACGAGAAUCUUUCUAAUGUCCACGAAGACGUGUUUACGCGGUCGAUAUUCGACGAACAGACUAACGUCGCAGAAUCCUACGAAAUACACUCGAUGCUGAGCGAAGAACAUCGCGUUAACGAGGAUGAGGCGAUGUUUGCUAACCUGGAGAAGGAAUCGAAGGAGAAAUCGGAGCAAGAAACGAACGUAAAUUCACAGAAGCUUCGACGUGUCUUCAGAGGUGACUCGCGGGACUCGGGGAUCGGUGACUGCGUCUCCAACUUAUCGGCCUCUUCGCAGCACGUGAACGAGCUCGGUAUCUCGUCCAUCAAGGAGGAAGAAGAUAAUGAGAAUAAUAAUGGUAACAUUAAAGACGUGCCUGGAACGAUGGAAGAGUUCCGUAAACCUUCGACGAGAUCGACCGACACAACGAAAAACGUAGCUACUCUGAGUGCUGUGACUAAAGCUUCGCGUGAAAGUAAUCGGCAUGAAGUUGCCAGCGAUAUUGAGGACCCAAGGCUGCUAAUCGGUCGCGUUCGGAGUAAAUUCGUCCCGACCGGAAACGUAAGUCGUACCGCAAAGUUGUUCGAAAAGGAAGCAGCCGCGUCCAAACCGCCUUUAAACGUCACCCAGGUAUCGCAACAACGCACGUAUCCUGCGACUACAGUGGCGACAGGAAAGCCCAACAAUGAAAGGAUACAGAAAGCUUUUGCAUUCUGGAACAAGUAAUGCAUGCCACGAGUUCGAUGACUUAGACUGCGGAUUUUACGCAUUUUAUACUGCGCUAACGUGGAAAAAUACAUAAGAAAUGUGUCUAGAUUAAUAUUUUUUAAACGAAUGGAACGAAUGGAUAUCAAUAUUCCAAUUUGGACGAGUGCAUACAUUCUGCAUACGUUUUGUACACAGUUUUCAUAUAUGCAUAAUCGCAUAAGAUCCGCAGUCUGUUAAUGUCGUUCGAAUGGCAAUCGACCUUUCCACAAAAUACGAGAAUACUCAAUCGUUUGAAUAAAUUCUAGGGGAUAUUUAUGAUCGAUGAAAACUCGAUAAGAAAAAACAAUGAGAUUAGUAUAAAUAACGUUUUCUAAAACUUCUGUAUUUAAACUCUUUAUAUUAUACAAAUUCAUUGACGCGAUAAUGAGGUGUUGAACAGUAGAGUAAGUAAAUCACGAUUAUAAUAAGAAUCUAUUUAUUUAAGAAUUUUCUUAUCAGUCACGUGUAGUCCAAGACGAAUGUUUGCGUUGGAGAACCUAGCAAUAUAUUGCCACAUAUUUGCGUCACGGUGAUCACUUUUCUAGGUUUCAAUCGGAAUUGCACUGGCAAACUUUGCGGUGCGAAACGAUCGAGAACGGAUGAAAAUUCGAUUAUUAGCACUGACUUUCUUUUUUGUGUAGAUACGUACGGUAACUUCAACGUGUCACGUAUUAAAUAUUGACGAUUUUAUUGCGACCCGAUAAAAAACGCGAUAGGUAUCGUUUGUUUGCCUUUUCGAUGCGUGUAAAUAGCUGUCAGUGACAUUUUGCAAGCGUAGCACGAUAAUGUACUGAUCAUUUUACUUCCUUUGCACCUUUUAUUUUUCUUGCAGACAUAAAAACGCGAUUACAUGUAUUAUUAUAAUUGUAAGUAAUACGUGAAUAAUGAUAUCAAAAUAAAGAAUAUGUAACCUCAA